AAGUGGGGAGCAGAUCCGAUUUCGCGUACCACGAUCCACGGGCAGCAGAGCUUAAGCUAUUUACUUUUGGCUUUUCCCCUCGCUCUUCAUUCCUUCCUAUUUCCUAUCCUGCCUGCCAACUGUGGCAUCCUUGUUACAAUUUCCCCCCUUUUAUGGAGGAGAUUUUCUUCUUCUUCUUCUUCUUCUUCUUCUUCUCUCUACCGUCUACCGUGUUUUGCAUUAAUUCUCCUCCCCGAACCCAUCGGCAUUGCCGAGAAGAGAGAAUUUCUUCGGUACUGAUUUGUCGUAUAAAACAUAUUAUAUCCAUUUUUGGUUUGAUGAGAUCUGUUUUGCCUUAUUUCUCUCUCUCUCUCCCCUCCCCUCCGUCUCUUUGUAUCUUCAUCUCGGAAUCACAAGAGCUCGCCCCUGCACCACCAACCUCCGGAGCUCUUCUCUAAUGGAGUUUCACCGCUGUCGUAACUAAUGGACUCACAUCCACUGCCUAACCAGAAGUUGUGAUGAGACAGGCUACUCAGGAGUCAGGAGUAGGACGGUCGAAAUUCAACCUCGGGUAAAUCAGUAUUAUUAUUAUUAUUAUCAGAGUUUGUGACAAUAAAAUAAAGUAACGUUCCCCGACUCUCUGUCGUGUCUCGUGUCUUCUCAUCAUCACAAUGAGUGACUACGAGGCUGGCAAAGUGACUGGGAUCAGACAAAUAGUUCGAUUGAAGGAAAUAAUCCAGAAAUGGCAGUCAAUCACCUUGAGCCACAGAGGAAACAGUGGGUCUCCCUCCGACAACAAAAGUCGUGGGGGCAUCUCCCCUGACGUCACAAAUUACACAAUCUGCGAUUCCGAUGAAGAGAGUUGCCAUAGCCCUUGCCCUGAGUCACCACCGCUUGGCGUUCCCAAAGGCUAUCUGGCGGUAUAUGUCGGACCAGAGCUUCGGAGGUUCAUCAUCCCCACCACCUAUCUCACCCUCCCUGUCUUCAAGGUGUUAUUGGAGAAGGUUGAGGAGGAGUUUGGGUUUGAACACAAGGGCGGUCUCACUAUUCCCUGCGAGAUCGAGACUUUCAAGUAUCUCCUUAAUUGCAUGGACAACUACCAUAAGGAACACCCUGAUGCUGAUGAUCACAAUAAUGCUGCUGAGGAAACACCGUCGACCGUAGAAGAAUAGAUCAUUAGCACAUGGUUUGUAUAAAUUAAAGAUCCACAACUUAGGAUUUUCUUCCAUUUAUGUUGGCGUAAAGAAGUCUCCUUGUACGAAGAUUUGUGCUUUGUUUCAAGUAAAGCAAAAUAGGGAAUUUUAGCUAGGAUUUUUGGGUCACAAUCGGUGCAAAACAAUCAUUGUAAGAUGUAAUCUUGGAAGUUUGAUGUAAGAAUAAUGUAACCCACAGUUGGUCUCUGAGCCACACCUAAUGUUUCAACUUUGAAUAACAUAUGCGAUUUGUUUUGUACGAUUC